GUGUAAUAAUGAGUUAUAUUCGUUUCUUCGAGAUCUAUUUCAUGGAAGAGAAUAAACCUUGACAUCACUACAAGAUGAUUUUGGUACCAUUAGACUUGCCAGGUCGUUGCACAUUGGGCGUGAUUGAAGCCUGAUUGGGCGCUUUUAGCCACAACAUUGAAAAGCUGAGUGCGCGCAUGCCGCGGCGCAUAAACAAACACGGUGUAAUUACGCUCGGCCUACUGAGCUAGUCUAGUCUGGCUCUUUUCCGCAAUUUCCCUUAGUCUCGUGUUGUUUUGCUGGUUCUAAUUCUGCUUGCAAGCAUGUUCGCAACUUUGUCUUUGUCGUGAAAACUACAGUGCAACUUCAUCGAGACGGCAGUGCAAUUUGACACCAGACGUUCCUUUGUCUAGGAUCAUCACAACAUGGAGGAAUUCCUUCCUCCAUGAUCAUAACAUUAACAACAAGCAGUAGUGGCUACAGGAACAAGUGACCAGUGACAUGACAGGCUGUGCCUGUGGGCUUAAUUGUGCAAAUUUCACCAUGUGCAGCUAGGAUCUAUCCGGGCCAAAAUCAUGGCAACCAAGUUCAGAAACAGGCCCAGUUCCAGCACGCCGACCGCAUUUCCCAAGUUCAGGUGCAGCUGGCCCAACUGCUCCUUCACGGCCAAGCGCCUGGCCCUGCUCAAGAACCACGUGAGAAACCACAACCAAGAGAAACCAUUCAAGUGCCACUACUGCAGCUACAGCUCCGAGUCGCGCAGCAACUGCAAAGUCCAUGAGCAGCGUAUGCACACACUCCAAAGACCCCACAAGUGCCACUACUGCACAUACUCCUGCGUUCAGAGCACGACGCUUCGACAGCAUAUACAGAUAAAACACAGGGACCGAUGUCAGUACCGUUGUUUCCAGUGUCGCAACUUCCACUGCCAGCGGGAAAGCCAACUCAUGUAUCAUCUCCUCAAAGUCCACCAGAAGACCACCGUCGCGGAGAUCUCCCCGUACCUCAACCCCAAUUACCUUCCGGAUUACCUGCCCAGCAUGGGCGAAAUGAACCCAAAGCCGGCUGACGACGGGAGAAUGGCUGUCGGCAAUAGCACGGUCCCGCAGCGACCCUCACAGGCCAAGCUACGCCAGAACCGACGGUACAGCUCAGCGCCGCAGAAGGCUGUGCUGCAGAUUAAUCCGACGCCUUGUAAGCUCCUCAGAGCCCCCGCCAACAGUUUCUCCAGCAGCAGUGCUGUCGUCCCCACAGUGUCACCAAGGAUGUCACAGUCAUUCCACGUCCAGGAGGCAACGAAGUCCAACGUGCCAAGUGCCAGCAUGUGGGCAACGGGCAGGAGAAGUUCAGCCGGGGCUCAGUAUCGGCGACAGCAGCAAACUACGCGACAGGCCAGCCUGAAUGACCUGUCAGAGCACAGUCUGCUGGCUAGCAGCUCCCUGAUUGCACCACUGGAUGAUGGCCCCGAGGUCAUAGAAAUCAUUGAAAAUGAGGAUGAGGGUGGCGUGACCGCACAGCAGGAGAUGCAAAGCAGUAGCGGCAUCUAUGUUUGCAACCACUGCCUCUCGACAUUCCCUGACGAGGAUAGCCUUUUGAGCCACGUCUUGAGUGUCCACCCUGAUACCACGACUCUCCAACACUGCGAAACGGCAGAGGAGAGCCCACACCAACAAGAUGUCACACACCAAGACAGCAUUACGAGUUCCAGCAGUUUCGUGUUCUUUCCCGCAAACCAAUCUUCAGCGAUGGAGAUGUCCCCCACGCCUGUAUCCAUUUCACAGGAUGACUUUGUGGUACCACCCGUCGUGAAGCAAGAAGAUGGAGCAAGUUCCCAAGUUGGCCAGGAAAUUUGGUCUUCCGUGGAUGACAAGGUUGCGAGUGAUGCCGGGAUGCACCGCAGAGAAAGGCACAGCUCGGAGACACUUCCUGAGAGUGCCUUUGUUAACGUUCAGAUCCAGAGGAGCGCAAGUAGAUCAAGUCAUGACAGCAACUUCAGCCAGCCAGUGUCGGCAAGGGAGGGCACCCCUCUGCUCAGUAUGCCAUCGCCCACAACCACACAUAGCAAUAGGGUCACGGUGUCAACCCAGACUGUUCCAUCCUCAACAGAGAGGGGUGGCGCCAAUGUAAACCAGACCAAAUAUUGCUGUGUUCAUUGCAACAUCAUCUUUCCCGAUAAUGUGCUCUUCACCAUUCACAGAGGGGCCCAUGGGUUCCAUUCUCCUUUCGAAUGCAACUUCUGUGGCAAGGAUUGUGCCAACAAGCAUGAAUUUGCAUCCCAUCUGCAAAACUGCUCUUGAUGUACCAAAAGGGACAUACAUUGUAUCUGUGAGCAAAUGUGUGCAACAACUUCAUUUUUUCGGGGUAACAGUUGAUGCAGGUUAACAUGUUGCUUCCAAUUAAAAAAAUUCACUUUUAAUAGAAUCUUCAAUGUGAAGAUUGAAGUAAAGCUGCGAAAUUGCUUCCAUAACCCAGCCACCCCAACCCUUCAAAAGCCAACUGCAUAUUUUGUUGGAAUCUGUUUGAGUGAGAACUGCACUAGUAAACUGAUUAUGCUUUACAUGGGGUCAUGUAGGCAUACCACUAUAAUCAGAGAGUCCAACAGUUUGGCUGUUGAGUUACCGUAGGGUAUUAGAUUUUGCAAGCGUGAGGAAGGAUCCUAGUAAAUCACUCAAGGGGUUGGGGCUAGUACCCAGAAAGUUGUUGCAGCACUUUCAUUUGCUGAAAACAAAAUGGCUGUACCCUUGCUCUACCUGAUCCUCCAUCAAUAUCUGGCAGCGCUGUCACUGGUUGAUUUUGGCCGAUUUGGUACUUAAACGUUUUGUUCAGGGAUGAUUUUGAUUGAUUUGAAGGGAUUUGGUACUGAAGCAUUUCUAUGCACAACUCAAGAGUGAUGGAUUUUGGUGGACUUGGGAUGUCCCCCAGUGUUUAUACACAGGGAGUGCAUGUGCAGGCACUAGGCCUGGGCGAGUAGUGGAUUUUUCUACACGAGUACUCGCGAAGAAAUUACUCGUGAGUAGUCGAGUACUCGUGAGUAGUUAACUGAACUUCCAUAAAAGCAGAAAAAUGAUAUGACGGGAAGUAACUACAUUGUUCAAGCAAAUAGCGUGCAAUUCACCCCACAUCCUUCAGCACUAAAAUAUCCUUACUGUGUGUCGUUUUGAGUCAUUUACUUGAAUUUUUGUUUUGACGAAUGGAAUCCUAGGGAGAGAGCGGUGGAGGGAGUGAUUCCCUGUUUGCAGGGGAUGUAUUAAGCCUUGAACCCUCAACCCUAAAUUGCUACUUGCAAGUACCUGCUUCUACUCAUGUAAGGCAAGUACUGGAGUAGAUAUGAAAAACCACUAGUAGAACAAUGAGAAGCAUAAACUACUCACGAGUACUCGGGUAAUCAAGUUACUCGCCCAGGUGUAGCAGUCACACAAAAAAUGUACACAUACACAUAGAUGUACAUGUACACAGCUUAUCAAUUCUGUGAAUAAUUUUUACAUGCAGGUGAACAAGCUUGCCAUGUACCCUUGUGCAUCAUGAAAUACGCAAACCUCUUGAUGAGAAGUGCACCGAAGUAUGCUCAUUUUCAUUGACAAUAUCAAUUCCGUAAAGCACAACGUGUACAUUGUACAAAUGUAAAAUAAGACUUUUUUUAAAUCAGGCUGCUUUACAAAUUGUUGGAUUGAAACAUGACAACUCUUUUUUUUAGCUUUAUAACAUAACCUUUGUCAUAUGCUGAGAUACAUACAGUAAGAUGUGAUCUAUAGGUAUUGUGUGGAGAUUUUUAAAUUGCAUUCUUUUCUGUGCAUGACUCUGUGCAUGGCUAGCAAAAGCUUUUAAGAAUAAUUGUCAUAAAACAGAAAACAGUAAAUAUAGGAAUUUUAAAUAUUGUACUCCAAGUACAAGGUGGUGCAAAAGGAAGGGAACCCACUUUUGACAGCAAUUUUCACCUUCUUGUUGGGCAUAUUUC